AGAUCAAACCUGAUGACUCUCUUGUCAAAGGAAAGAGAGGCAAGGGAAAGAAGGAGAAGAAGAGGGCUGGGCCUGGAGACAUGCCAGAGAAGAAAAAGCACAACAUUGAUGAGCUACAGGUGUACCCGAAGGAGCUGGAGAAUGAGUUUGAUCACUUUGAAGACUGGCUUCACACCUUCAACCUGUUCAGAGGGAAGGCCGGAGACGACGACGACCAGAACAUGGCGGAUGAAGACAGGAUUAUUGGCAAAUUCAAAGGUUCUCUGUGCAUGUACAAAGUACCGGUGUCAGAUGAGAUGCAGAGGGAGAUGGGCUUUGACUCCAACAUGGGCAUGUUCCAGAACAUUCCAACUAAUGACCCAAUCAACGUCCUAGUCCGGGUCUAUAUCAUCAGGGCUACUGACCUGCAUCCAGCGGAUAUCAAUGGAAAAGCAGAUCCGUACGUCGCUAUCAAACUGGGCAAGUCAGAUAUCAAAGACAAAGAGAACUACAUCUCCAAACAACUCAACCCUAUCUUUGGCAAAUCCUUUGACAUCGAGGCCACAUUUCCCAUCGACUCCACACUAACAGUGUCAGUCUAUGACUGGGAUUUAGUGGGCACUGACGACCUGAUUGGGGAGACUAAACUGGAUCUGGAGAACCGUUACUACAGCAAACACAGAGCAAUAUGUGGCAUCCCAUCGAAAUAUGCCAUCCAUGGCUACAACGUGUGGCGGGACCCCCUGAAGCCGACCCAAAUCCUGGCCAAGCUGUGUAAGGAGGGUAAGCUGGACGGGCCACACUACGGCCCUGGAGGACGGGUCAAGGUGGCCAACCGGGUCUUCAUGGGCCCAACUGAGAUCGAAGAUGAAAAUGGUCUGAAGAAGCAGACGGAUGAGCACCUGGCCCUGACAGUGCUGAAGCACUGGGAGGACAUCCCCAGGGUGGGCUGUAAACUGAUUCCAGAGCAUGUGGAGACCAGGCCACUCCUCAAUCCUGACAAGCCUGGGAUCGAACAGGGGAGGAUUGAGAUGUGGGUGGACAUGUUCCCCAAGGAUAUGCCUGCACCUGGACCCGCCGUUGAUAUUUCACCCAGGAAACCAAAGAAGUUUGAACUUAGGGUGAUUAUCUGGAACACAGACGAGGUCAUUCUGGAGGAUGACGACAUCUUCACUGGAGAAAAGUCCAGUGAUAUCUUCGUGCGAGGCUGGCUGAAGGGCCAGCAGGAGGACAAGCAGGACACCGACGUCCACUACCACUCCCUGACAGGGGAAGGUCUCUUCAACUGGCGCUUCAUCUACCCGUUUGACUACCUACAGGCCGAGGAGAAGAUCGUCAUCUCUAAGAAGGAGUCCAUGUUCGCCUGGGACGAGACCGAGUAUAAGAUCCCUGCUCGUCUCAACCUACAAGUCUGGGAUGCUGAUCACUUCUCUGCAGAUGAUUUUUUAGGCGCCGUUGAGCUAGACCUGAACCGUUUCCCUCGUGGAGCGAAGACAGCCAAGCAGUGCUCCAUCAACAUGGUGCUGAACGAACAGGAUAUUCCCAUGGUGUCCAUCUUCAAACAGAGGAGGAUCAAGGGCUGGUGGCCCUUCCUGGCCAGAGAUGAGAACGACGAGUUUGAACUCACGGGGAAAGUGGAAGCAGAGCUGCAGCUGAUGACUGCAGAGGAGGCUGAGAAGAAUCCAGUGGGUGAAGGACGCAACGAACCUGAGCCCCUGGAGAAACCCAACCGUCCAGACACAGCCUUCCUAUGGUUCCUUAUGCCUUUCAAAGCCAUCAAAAACCUCAUCUGCAACCAGUACUUCUGGCUCACGGUCAAGUUAGUGGUGGCCCUGCUGCUGGUGCUCGUCCUGGGACUCUUCAUCUACAGCAUGCCUGGAUACAUGGCCAAGAAACUAAUGGGUGUCUGAGAAGUGGAAACUAUUAAAAGGGAUAGUUCAGCGAUUUAACAUGUAUUUAGAUAUUUGUUUCCUUAGCUUGAAAGAAGUCGACAAGGUGUGACUGCAAUUCACACUUUGGUUUUGUUUAACUUGCCACUGUAAACAAGGUGAACUAUACCUUUAAGAAAAGACUACUCAACAACUUCUCAACUCAGCGCUAUAUUCAACGACUUGUUUUCCCUAACUGUCACGUUCUGACC